AUAUUAAGGACAGAGUUUUGAGGGACCUGAAGCUUUUAUGAUGUCUGGAGACUUUAAGAAAACAAAUACAAGAUCAGGAAUUGCAAAUGAAGGGGCGAGAAGCCCAAGGUCACCGGCUUCCUGGAAAACCCACCUCUGGUUCAGUGACCAGAGAGACGAAGAAUUUGCAAAGGCUUGUCUCUCUUUCCACGUCACAGUUCCUGAGGGACACACAGGCGAGUUGUCUCACCUUUGCAAAAAGGAGCCCAUCAAGCCUGUAUUGAACUGGCUGGGCUUUUAACCAUCAUUACUGCUACCUGUAAACAUAUGAAGGGGAAGGUUGACUUCUGUAAGUCGUUGAUACGCUUCUCACUGCUCUUCGUAAAUUCCCUCAGAUUGGGGAUUACUUCUGCUUUGCAGAAAUUAUCUGCAGGGGGCCCUGCAUAAUUUAUAACAAUCUCUGGCAAAACCUCAGAAAAAAAGAUAUGCUUUUGACUUAGUCGGAUAUCAGAGGCUGCGGCAGGACCCAGGGAAAAGGCUCCCCAGGUGGCAUGAGGCUCUGGGAGCGACCAUCCCAACCGAGGGACGGCCCCUUGGAACUUCCUUCUCCUGAGGAGUGUGACACAGUUAAAAAGAAAGAAAAAAAAGAGCCACAAGCAACACAGCUGCCAAUGAAAUAGGAGAGGGAUUGCUUUCAAAAGCACGUGGGGCUCUCACUGGACUCUCUGAGCUCAUCCACGGGACAGGAGCGCAAGGCCAUGGAGUAGAACCUCAGCGUGGGUCUAAGAAGAGACAGAAAUGGCCCAAGAAGUCAGCCUGAAGUCCCUCUGGGAAUCAGAACGCGAGGUGAUCCUCCAGGUCCUGUACCGGGACCGGGAGGUUCGAAACAUCGAGGAGGAAAGGAUACGGAAACUGAAGACACACUUGCAGCAUCUCAGGUGGAAAGGCUCGAAGAGCGGGAGCCAGGAGUACAAAGAGAAGUCCUGUGCCCGCUGCCGGCAGGCCCUGGGGCUCCUGCUGAACCGGGGGGCCGUGUGCCAGGGCUGCAGCCACCGCGUGUGUGCCAAGUGCCGAGUGUUCCUGAGGAUGACCCGCGCCUGGAAGUGCACCGUGUGCUUUGAGGACAGAAACGUGAAAAUAAAAACUGGAGAAUGGUUCUUUGAGGAACGAGCCAAGAAAUUUCCAACUGAAGGCAAGCACGAGACAGCUGGAGCAAAGCUCUUGAAAUCUUAUCAGAAGCUGAGCAAAAUUUCCGUGGUUCCUUCUUCUCCACCCCCUCUCAGUGAAAGCCAGUGCGGCGGCGGCCCUGGCAGGUUCCAGGAACUUGGUCAGUUUAAAGGAUUUAAUAAGUCUGUGGAAAAUUUGUUUCUGUCUGUCACCACCCACAUGAAAAAACUCUCCAAGUCGCAGAACGACAUGACCUCUGACAAGCAACGCCCAGCUGUGGGUCCCAGGCGGUGUGAGGGCCGGUCGGAGAGGAGAAGCCAGUCCGACACCGCGGUCAACGUCACCACCAGGAAGGUCAGCGCACCGGAUAUUUUGAAUCCUCUUAAUCAAGAGAGUCCCAAAUGCCCUACUAGCCCUGUUUUGAAGCAAGAGGGUAUCUCAUUCAGUCCAGCGCCCAACACUUUAUUCUCAGGAGGCUUGAGACACGGAAGUUUAAUUAGCAUUAACAGCACUUGUACAGAGAUGGGCAAUUUUGACAACGCAAAUGUCACUGGAGAGAUAGAACUUGCCAUUCGCUACUGCUUCAGAACUCGUUCUUUAGAAAUAUGCAUCAAGGCCUGUAAGAACCUUGCCUAUGGGGAGGAAAAGAAGAAAAAGUGCAAUCCGUAUGUAAAGACCUAUCUGCUGCCCGAAAGAUCCUCCCAGGGAAAACGCAAGACUGGAGUCCAAAAGAACACGGUGGAGCCGACCUUUCAGGAGACCUUGAAGUACCAGGUGGAGCCUUCCCAGCUGGCGACCCGGCAGCUGCAGGUGUCUGUGUGGCACCUGGGCACACUCGCCCGGAGGGUGUUUCUUGGAGAAGUGAUCAUCCCUCUGGCCACGUGGGACUUUGAGGACCGCACGACCCAGUCUGCCCGCUGGUAUCCGCUCCAGGCCAAGGCAGAGAAAGACGAAGACAGCAUCCCCACGAAUAACGGAGAACUUGUGGUCCGGGCCAAACUGGCCCUCCCUGCAGGGCCAGGAAAGCUCCAGGAGGCUCAAGCUUUCCUUCCAGGGACGGGAGAUGAGCCAUCACGUAACGGUCAGCUCUGUGUGGUAGUGCUGGGAGCCAAGAAUUUACCUGUGCGCUCAGAUGGUACCUUAAACUCAUUUGUUAAGGGCUGUCUCACUCUGCCAGACCAGCAGAGGUUGAGACUGAAGUCCCCCGUCCUGAAGAAGCAAGCCUGUCCCCAGUGGAAGUACUCCUUCGUUUUCAAAGGGGUCACCCCUUCUCAGCUGAGGCAAUCCACCCUGGAAUUAACCGUUUGGGACCAGGCCACCUUCGGCGUGAAAGACCGCUUGCUGGGAGGCGCCAGGCUUGGUUCCAAGGAAGAGCCAGCGGGCGGAGCAGACUCGUGCUCACGAUCAAAGCUCCAGUGGCAGAAAGUGCUCUCCAGCCCCAACCUGUGGACAGACAUGACCCUCACCCUGCACUGACCGGAGACUCCGGGCGCAGCGGGGUUUCAGGUGCCGGGGCCUGAUGGUCGGCUGCGGGGCUGGGCGCGCGGGUACGGGGGUGGAGGGUGGCGAAGGGCCCUUGGGGAGUGUGAGCUCUCCCCGUCUACAGCCGUCCUGCCGCUGAGACGUUCUUCCACAUUCCUGUGUGUAUUUAGUCGGAACCAUUAUCGAUGCUACAUUAGUUAGGUCUCAGGUUGGUUAUCUGUGCUUUGAGAGAUGUGGAAAAUGACCCGAUUUCAAUAAAUGUUCAACAGUUA